AAAGGUAAAUAAACCGCCAGCAGCUUCCCCCUUGUGAAAGAAGGAGUAAAAGUGCCAAGUUAAUCAGCGAUAAUUGCAAAUUAAAAUUUAAUUAUUCAUCGUUUGCCGACCCCUCUCUAGUAGGAUGAGCUCAUAACUAUUCGGUCGUUUGGGGUUGCAGUGCAGUUGCGGUCGUGGCAGUAACUCGGUUGAAGAAUCUCGUCAAACGGUUUCGCGUGGGAUUACGUUGUGCAAUCGAACCAAGUUCUGACUUCAAAUUUGGAUGGCGUAGGUGCCCUCAAGCUUUAGAGUUCUAAAAUGGUUGUUUCAAGGGUGUUUCUAAUUGCCCUGGCCACAUUCGGCACCACUCUCUGUGAUAAUCCGCGUGCCUUCGAAAGCGACUACCACUUUAUCGAUCUGCCCAAAUCACAUCUUCCGCUGUACUUCCGGCGGUUCCCGAAGCUGGAGGCCAAAUGCCAGGCAGACCCAGGCUGCGAGUACCGGGAUGCCAUCUCGACAGAUACUUUUCAGUCGCGGAAGGAGCUCUGCUGGGGUUAUGAGGAUAACUGCGUGGAAUCUAGUCGGUUCUCGCGGCCACGAUGUCCCGGAAGUCACAAGGGCUACGUGAAGAGCAAGGAGACCCAGCUGGAGACGUUCUACGCGCAGGGUGAUUUCGGGUUCGUCCGGGACCAGGUCCGCGAGAUGCGCAUCAUGUGCGAGCCGACCUUUCCGCACGAUUCGGCGCUGGAAUGUUCCAAGUAUUUGCGGUUCUGCCGGGGACGGAACAUUAUGAUGAACUUUACGGAUUUGGCCACGAGGAAUGAACCUCUCCGCUACAAAAUGGACGUCCUGUCCCAGGGCCAAAUCGGCGGCCACUGCAAGCUGCACCGCGAACGCCUCGAAAACGAACUCGAUCACAUCAGCCCCCUCCAGUCGUGGGGUCCGGAACUGCGCUUCUUCGAAACCCUCCCGCAACCUUUAACCGAGGGUGGCCAUUGCGACGUGACGAUCGAGCGUCCCGCCUUCAUCAUGAAGAUCGACGCCACCAUCAACAUGUACCACCACUUCUGUGACUUCAUCAACCUGUACAUGUCGCAGCACGCGAACCUGUCCGAUCCGGACGGGUUCUCGACGGACGUGGAGAUGCUGGUGUGGGAAUCGUACACGUACAGUUCGCCGUUUGCCGAGGCGUUCAAGGUCUUCACCCGGCAUCCGAUUGCGGACUUGAAGACCUACGCGGGCCAGGUGGUUUGCUUCAAGAAUCUGGUGCUGCCGCUGUUGCCGCGGAUGAUCUUCGGGCUGUACUACAACACACCGAUCAUCUCCGGCUGCGAAAACAGCGGACUCUUCCAGGCCUUCUCCGAGCACGUCCUGCACCGCCUCCGAAUCCCGCUGAAAAGCCACACCGACCGCAAGUUGCGCAUCACGUUCCUCUCGCGGGACACCAAGUUCCGGCGCGUGCUCAACGAGCACGACUUGCUCGAGGAAAUCUCCGAAGACGAACGGUACCUGGUGAAUCGCGUUAGCUACAGCUACAAGAUGGACUUCCGGGAGCAACUCCGCAUCACCCGGAACACGGACAUUUUCAUCGGGAUGCACGGUGCCGGCCUCACCCAUCUGCUCUUCCUGCCCAAGUGGGCGGCCCUGUUUGAGCUGUACCACUGUGAGGACACCAACUGCUACAAGGAUCUGGCCCGGUUGAAGGGCGUCCGGUAUCUGACAUGGGAGAAUGACACGCUGCUGUAUCCGGAGGACGAGGGGCAUCAUCCAGACGGUGGGGGAAGACAUGCCAAGUUUACCAAUUAUGCCUUUGAUAAGAAGGAGUUUGCGCGGUUGGUGGCCGUGGCGGCGGAACACGUGUGGAACCAUGCCGAUUAUGAGCAGUUUGUGGAACGGUCACGCCGGAAGAAGGAAAAGCAGCAGCAGCAGAAGGAGGUGAAGGAGGAGCUGUGAGGUUGGGAGGGUAAGUUUGUACUUAAUGUUUAUUUUGCUUAAAGUGAAACGAAACCAGAUAGUGAUUCCUAUACAUGUAGUAAUGAAAGUUUACCAAUGCUGCCUUAUUGCAACGAAAACGCAAAUAUCAUUCCUCUAUUAAUUUUGUUAAACGAAACAUAUCGCUGCGAUACCUAACGUAUAGAAAGAAAAAAGUAUUAAUUUGCAACGCAAGAAUCUAAUCUACAAGAUAAAAUAUUAAAUAAUAAAUACUCAUUUGUACCUAAA